CGGGAAGCUACAUUGUAUUUUAUCAUGAAGUAUGUUCCUGGUCGUGGCUGAUAAGAAGUUGAAAGAUUUCCUUGAAUUUUCCAACUAUCCAUUGUAGACGCCUCUCUUUCUUACUACCCCGUUCGUUUAUCCACCAUCGAGUGUUUUGAGAGUUUCGCAUGACACAAGAAGGAGUUGAAAAACAAAGAAAGAGGAGCUGGUUGUCUGUGGCGCGCUAAAAUCAUGUUUGUAGCUCGUGAAAUUCCCGCAGAACACAAAGAUUUGAUUCACGAUGUUUCGUACGAUUACCACGGAAGAAGAAUGGCUACUUGUUCCAGUGAUCAAAGUGUUAAGGUCAGAAUCUGAUAAUUUACCAUUAAAAACAACUUUUACUUCUUUAAGUUUGCCUUGACCAUAGGAUUUUUGCAUUAUGCAAGUCUUAAUCGACCUAAAUGUACAUAAACUUGAGAUUAAUGAGGAAAUCAUAGACGUGGAUUCAUGUUUAUUAAAUAAUACAAUGCAGUAAAUUGCUCAUUUACAAAGGUUGUUGCUUUAUGUUGUGAAUUCUCUGUUUAGUUGGGUACAAAUAUAUAGACUAUUUUAAAAAUGGACUGAUUAGUUUUGGAGACUGGUAUUGGACUUGAGAUCACAAGGUCAAGGUUCAAGUCUUGACCAGACUCAUUGAGGUUUUAACAGGGUUAAUUUAGUAUUAUUAACUGAGUUGAUAACAUAAAUUGGCCACGGUAAAGAGUUUAAAGUUGACGUUUUGAGCAACUAUUUUAUUCUUGUUUUCCUGUCACCAUAUUUGUACCAAUAGCUUAGUUCCAUUUUCUGCCUAUAAACACACACACAACCCAGUUGAUAAUACUUGAUUACCCUGUUACACUCUCCCACCAAUACAGUACUACAAUUUCUUUAGAAACCUAUCUCCUUUAUUCAUUGACAUUUAGUCUUGUGUGAGAUCUUUAAACUUCACUGUUACAUGGUUAGCUCAGGUUGUAGAGUGCGGGACUGCUGUGUAAGAGGUGAAGGGUUCAAGCCCAGACCAAUGUAAAAUAACUGAGGACAUUAUGCACCCUUUAUUAUGACAUCUUCAAAUAGUUAGACUUUGAAGCCUUGUCAAAUAAGGGCAAUAAACUAUAAGCCCUUUCUUGUGUGUCUUCUUUAUACUGGUGAGCAAGGGUUGAGUUGACCAUUUGUGAUGUUUAUCAUGUGAUAUAUGAUAUACCAGUAAUGUUACUAAUAUCACCUUAAACAGGUUUGGGAUCUUGGAGAGGAUGGUCAGUGGCAUUGUACAGCAAGUUGGAAGGUACAGAACAAUAUAUUCUAAAAUAAUACGAUACCUUCUUGAUGCAACAAGGUAUUUGGUUUUUUUUUCUGAGUACCUAUAAGCAAUCAAACUUGAGGCCCAGGGAUUGAAAGCUUCCAUGCCCUAUCCCCAAGGAACAGAGAACUAUUUCAGAAAAAGAUAUUCUAUCAACUCCCAAGAUGCUUGCAUCAUUGCUGAUCACAGCAUGAAAUUCUGUGUAGUGCAGCUUAGUAAUAGAGCAUCUGAUCCAUGAGAUCUGAGUUUUGAUACCACAUUAGAGUUUUCUUUUGUUUAACUUUUGUGAUGAGACCUAAAAAAUUAUAUCUCUAUAUUUUUUGACCAAGCAAAGAACAAAACUUACCAUCUUUCUUCCUCUGACUCAACUUUGUCCAUAGCUUACAUGAACACCUUAGACCUGUUUUUCAGCCUCUUACUCCUGUCAGAUUUUCCUUCCACCUUCCCUGUCAUCAUGGAAAGUUAUUAAAAGUUUUCAUUUCACAGACCCACUCUGGCUCAGUAUGGAAAGUAACUUGGGCACAUCCAGAAUUUGGCCAGGUGCUGGCAUCAUGUUCCUUUGACAGGACUGCUGCAGUAUGGGAAGAACAAGGUAAAACGAAUUAUAUUUGUUACCUGUAUGAUGAUGUCAUAUUUGAGAAUUAUGACUGAAAUAUUGAGAGUUAAAGGUUUGAAAGUUUUUUCAAACAUUCAGUGUGAUGCAAGGAGCACAUUUUUAAAACAGUGCUUCAUAAAAGACAGGAAAAUGCAAAUCAAUAUACAACUAUACAUGUAUGGGACAUUAAUUUUGCAACUCAGGAAAACAUCAGUGACUCAAUUGCUCGUGAGAACAUUUUAAGGUAAUUCAAUUAUUAGGAGAGACCUCAAUGGGCUGUGUGAUGAGUGAGGCCAAACUUCAAAUAUUUUCAAUCAAUGUAAACUUAAUGAAAAUAUACAUCCCUAUCAACAGUGUUAAAAUAAAAAAACAGUGCAGAUGAAUUAAAAUCAUUGUUAGCUACAUAAUAUAAUUUUAUUUUAGUUUAUUGGUAUUGUUUUAUCUCUACUGUUUUGCUGGGAACCGUCGACAGCCAUGUUAACUUCUCCUCUUUGGAAAACUGGAUCCCAGUUUUGAUACCAUGCUGUUAGCCUAUAUCUUUCUCUCACUUUAAACACAGGAAAACUUCAGCCUUUUCAAAAAUUAGUGGAUAGAAAUCAGUUACAAGGCUGGAGUGAUAACAUUCCAUGCACUCUUGUGACACUUAUACUUCUGUUGGUAACUAAUAAAAGUUAAUUAAUAUAAAGUGUUUGCAAUCUGGUGUAACAACAGUAAGAAGUUGGAAUGAAAUUAUAUUUGGGUGAUUGAGAAUGCCCUACACUAUAGCGAUGAACUUGCAUAUUCAUCACCCUGAUAUAUGAUUUAAAAAAUUACAUCAAUUGUUGUUGCAUUGACUGAUCAACUUGAAAAGCAUCAAUUUUAUAUUAGAUUAAAUCACGUACUGAAAUUCUGAAACAUCAACUUUGAAUUCAGUUGUAGGGUCUGGUAAUGGCACAUCACAAGGUCAAAGUCAUUGGGUAAGAACUGUUAAAAGAAUUUACUUUGUUACUCAAAUAGGAGUGUAAGCACUUAUUUAAAAUUUUGACCAAAAGGAGAGGUGGUUAUUGGGAGGUGGGGGCUUAAUCAAGCAGAGUGCUUAUUAAGAAACUAUUGACCUGUACUGAUUCUGUUACAGUUGAAGCUUAAAAAGUAAUUAGUAAAGUAUUAAUAGAAAAAGGUUUUUCUCGUGUCUCUUCAAUUUAAGAAGGUGAGGGAAAAGGGGAUGGAUGCCUAUUUGAGAGGGGCACUUUUUUGAUAUUACAGCCCAGAGGGGAGGUGCCUAUUCAAGCAUUGCACUUAUUCGCAGAAAUAGGAUCAGUUAACCCUGUAACCCCUAAGAGUGACUAGUAUUUAAUUUCUUGUUACAAUAUCACCCCUGAAUCAUGCAGUAAGGUCAUGAGAAUAAAGAAAAUGAUCAGCUGCUAAAGAAGUUGUUGAUUGUUACAAAAAUUUUCAUUGUUAGCACCUUAGGGAAUGUUUAAAAAACAGUAAGGAGAAUACCUUAACUGAUGUUAGGGUGUAAAAGGUUCAGUGGUAGCAUUUUAUUUAUGACUUUUGUAAUGUAGCAUGGAAAAUUUGUGGGAUUAACUUCUUCACAGAUUGGAUCUUUUCUGUUUUGGUGAGAAAAGUGAAUAUUGAGAACAUAAUAUUAUAUUGACACUUGAUGGGCAUGUGAAGAACCUAAUUCUACAGACCUAGCAUUAUCACCAAAAUGUAACAUACUGUCCUUUUUUCAGGUGAAAAGGAGCUCCCUUGUUGAUAGUAGAACAUCAGUAACAGAUGUCAAGUUUGCUCCAAAGCAUUUGGGACUACAGCUGGUAGGUUCUGACACCAGAAAAUAAGUGAAAAGUCAGUUUCAAAUGUUACGUGACUUAUAAUGUUUGGUGUAAUCAAGAAAAUUUGCAACAGACAAAGUAACUGUUGUGUGUUUUUUCCAAUGCAAAAUUUCAUGCCUCAAAGGUCCCUCAACAAUAGUUAUCUUUUGGUCUAAGUAAGUGAAGCUUACUAAUGUUGAAUCUCCUUGACCUAACCUUUAAGUAAAAAGUAUGUAAUUGCACAAAAGGGAUCAGUGAUUGUUAAUUUGUUUUGUUCAGGCCACAUGCUCCAAGGAUGGUACUGUUAGAAUUUAUGAAGCUCCUGAUAUAAUGAAUUUAGGCCAGUGGCAACUACAGGUCAGUGGAAUCUUGAAUAGUUUGGCUUUUCUUUAUAUGUUAACUUAAAUGUUAUCAUUAGCUGAUAGUUUUAGCAACUAGAAAGUGGGUUUUAUUGUAAAAAAAAUCAGUUAAACAAAUAGAAUCUUGUACCACUUAGUAAUUACAUUGUUGGCAGCAUCCCUAGGCAAUAUGAAGCAAAACCUUUGUUUUGAUUGGCUAACUGAGAAGGCAAGAUGGCCCCAUCUUGCCUGCUCAGGAUCACCCACUUUGAUCCUGCACAAGAAAAAAAAUUACUUGGGGCAGAUUUACAAAGUUUGUAAUUUUUGGGCAAUCUUGGCAUUGGAGUCCGAAAGAUGGCAGAAGACAGUCAAAUGGAGAAACAAAGGUUUAUUUCGCUACAAAAACAGUUUGCUUUCUUUCCCUUCUCUUGAAAUAACUAAGUCAUUUUGAUUCAUAAUAGGGCAAAAUAUUUUUGCUGUGUAAUAAAUGCAUUAUUGAACAAGCUUGUUCAGUCAAGAUAGCUCAUAUUUGCUUCAUUCUUUUUUUUGCAUUUUUAUGGACUUUACCUUGUCUCUGAUAGUAAAUGACUGGAAAAAUGGGGUCAAAUCGGAUCUCAUUGGAGUUAGCAGUGGUUCUAUUUAUCUGUGUACCCUAAUCUGAAUUACAAAAUGAUGCUUGAAUUAACUGUAACUCCACAUUUUCUUGUAGAAUGAGAUCCACCACAAGUUGAGUUGUAGCUGUGUGUCAUGGAACUUAUCAAGGUAUAAGGAAUGAAUUAAAGAAAUAUGCUUUUCAUCUUGUUAUGAGCAUGGGAAAUUCUUAGUCCCCAUAAGGAAUCGAACCUCAGACCUUCGGAUUCCCCACUCUAAUGCUUUACCACUGAGCCACCAUAGUGGGCAAGGCCUAUAACACAGUUCAUAUGACAUGGGUCCUGAAUAUUGCUGGGAUCAGCAAUGUCAAUAGUGUCAUGUUUGGAAAUAGAAUAAGUAAGUUUUGGUCUCUGUAAAGAAAUAGAGAAAGAUGUUUUAUGUCACAUGAACUUCAAUAUAGCAGAGCUCACAGAGCGUAGCCCCUUAAUUAUACAAAAUGGUAGUAGUAACCCAUCAAGCUGAAAAAAUUUGGACUUAUGACUGUACGACCAAUAGUACAAGAUGCUACUUUUAACAUGCAUGAUCAACUGUACCACGUGCACACCAAUGCUACAGCUUUGUCCAGUAGUCCAGUGGUCAGUGCACUGGGCUCUGAGUUGGACAAUUCAGGUUUUAGUCCUGGCUGGGGCAAGGUGUUGUGCCCUUGGGACAAGCAGAAAAAAAAAUGCGAGCUCCACUUUUAGGCUUGGCUAAAUCUACAUAUUAGGCCUUGCUCACCAUACAGUUUCCGUGGCUCAGUGGUAGAGCAUCAGACUGUGCAAUCCGAAGGUCUGAGGUUCAAUUCCUCAUGGGAACUCACAGUUUUUACUUUGUCCCACACUUGUGAUAAGAUGAAAAAUAUCUUUCUCUAUUUCUUUACCAAGCGCAAAACCUACCAUCUCUCUUAUUCUAUAUACAAGGAAUGAAUUAUAAUCAAAGCUGUGUUCUUAUCAAAAUCACUUGGUGCCUUGAGGCUUGGACUUGUUUCUUAAAUCUGGAGUGAAAAUUUAGUCAAAUUCACAAAAGAUUGAGAUAGUCUUUUAUGGUAUUUCAAUUGUGCAGUGGAGAGAAAAAAUUCUCUCCACUGGGAGAACCCCCAUGGUCCAAAUAGUAUUUACUUGAUCAUAGUAGAAGUCUGGUCUUCACACAUUUGUAUUACUGGGGAUUAAGCAGCUACUCCAAGUGUUAUGUGUCACUCUGUCUGAAAAAAGUAAUAAUUUGUAUUCUAGCUGGAAGUCAGUGAUAAGAGUCAAAGAAUUAAAAUGUGUGAUAAGGAAUUUUUUCAAUGGUCAUAGCAAAAUGUCUCAGAAAAACCAUCUGUGUAUUGAAAGCAGAUUAACAGUAAUGUACAGUGCAGCUUUUUUUACUCUUGCAUUCUUCUACUCAUAAGACAAUGACUGUAACUUGUUUAGAGUGCAUCCACCAAUGUUAGCAGUGGGUAGUAAUGAUCCUAACACCAGUGCUGGAGGAAAAGUUCAAAUACAUGAACACAAUGAAGCAAACAGGUGUGUCUGUAAUUUUAUCCCUACUAGUCAGAGUCAUAACCAUAUUUGCCAGCUUCACAGAAUAAGGGCUGUGACUUCAGCUUUCUUCUGACAACACCUUUCCACCUGGAAACUAGUUUUCAUUGUGUUAUUUAGUGUACAAUGGUUUUUUUUUUGUUUCAGUAAAUGAUUGCUGUUAAAAGUAGUUAUGUUAUGUAGGAGGGCUUAAAUAUGAUUUGAGCCCAACUCAGAAUCAUUUUAGCAGUGAGGGUUAGAGUGACUUUGAGAAGGGCCCAAAAAAUAUUUAUACUCAAGAACAUAAACUCUUUUACUAUUAAAAAAAACAAACCAAAAAAAAAUGAUAGCUUAUCAGUCUGGCAAAUCUCAAAUCUCUAUUGUAGCCCACAAAAUGCACUGCAAUGCAUGGGAAAGUGAUAAUAACAAUUAUUUUAAACCUUAACCAAAUAUUUUUACUUUUGAAUUUAUUAAAUUGUUAGUGUGAAACUGAAUGUUUUUUGUGAAUCCAACCUACAGAAAGUGGCACAGAUUAGAAACACUAAUGGCAAUAACAGAUGCUGUUCAUGAUGUGGCCUUUGCUCCAAAUUUAGGAAGGUAAAUCAUCUUUCUUUUCUCAGAUUGUAAAUGCUCCAACAAGCUCCCUAUCUAAUGCUUCAAUUUUCAACUUUUCCUCAGUAAGACCAUCCUCCUCCCUCCUCAGACAAAAACGUCUUAGUUUAGUGAAAAUACAGGAAUAAACAGUAUGCUGUAGUGUUGCUGUGCAAAAAGUUAAUUUGUUGGAUUACUUAUUUGGGUUAGGUGUUGUUUAAAUGCAAAAUACAUUUCUAGUACUUCUUUGCUGUUUUAGAAAUCCUGUUGUUGACUUUGUUUCAGCUAUGUGUUUCUAAGAUUUUCACUCAGAAAACUGCAUACUUUACAGUCCCAUUGAUCAUUUUCUUGCACGACAGCCUUAUUGUCAAUGUUGUCAGUUUGAUACAUAAAUAAAAGAUCUUAACAAUGCCCAUUGUUUUUUUGUUUUUUUUGGUGUUGUUAUUUUGUAGGUCAUAUCAUCUUUUAGCCAUUGCUUCAAAGGAUGUUCGUAUUAUGAUGCUCAAACCUUACAGGUGAGAUCACCAGUAUAAAAAUUGUAAACAUUCUUAAGAGCUCAUCUGUUCAUUAUACUCUCCCUGGUGAUUCAAUUCUUGUCAGUAGAAUACUUUGUUUUCAUUCUGCAAACCAAUAGAGAGCAAGGAACAGGAGCUGGAGCAAGUCUGGCCAAACUUGAUAUCAGUCUGGCAGCACAGUUUAAUGAUCAUGACUCUCAGGUAAGACUUCAAAUACAUUAGAUCAGUAAAUAGAACUUUUGUGAUCAGUUACAUUCUGCAUGUUAACAUAUAGCUAAAAAUCAAAUAACCUAUCAAAUUUGCUGUAGGUUUGGAGAGUUGAGUGGAAUAUAACAGGCACAAUAUUGGCUUCCUCUGGAGAUGAUGGCUGUGUACGUUUAUGGAAAGGUAAUGUAAUGAACAAGGAGUUUUUGAUUACUUAAGUCAUUCUUUGUUUUAAUGAGAAUUUAAAUAAAGGGAAUGUGAUUGAAACAAUUUUAAUGUUGAUUCUUGGGAUGCUUUCUACUGACUGGCAAACUUUGUAGUUUGACUAAAUGAAUACUGAUAUGAAGGGAACACUUGAACACUAAUCUUUAGCAGUGCCACACAUUAUGUACAAGGUUGAUCAACCUUAAUUCUUAUACAAUCUUUUUUCCUGUCAGCCAACUAUCUUAACAACUGGAAGUGUAUAACAGUUUUACGUGGAGAUGGUACCUCACGUCCCACGAGUGGCCCCAGUAUGAGUGGUUCAAUCAUGAAUGGGCAGGAUCCAAAGACAAGUCCGGCUGCAUUCAAAUCACAGACUUCCUGGUACACAUGAUAACACAACAUUCUUUGUCCUCCAGGGACACUUUUUCUACCUAUCUGAAGACAUUUUGAUCAACACCUCCAGCAGUUAAUAAAAGUAACAAAGAAUCAGCUGAGAUAUGUGCUAAUCAGAUGUCUUGAUAAAAAAAUAAAAACAUUUGUUUUGUUUUUGUUUUUUUCAUAAAGAAUUAGAGAACAGGUCUGGUUUGGUUGUUUAAAGGGUAUGCUGGAUAAAUCCCUAUCUAGUGGAUAGCACAGUACGUUUUCUUAAUAAUUAUUUACUGGAUAGUGAUUUAUCCAUUGAUUACUUCCUGUAUACAACUGGACCCUGAUUAAGUUAUUUUUUUAAGCAGAUGCCUCUUGAUAUGGAUAGACCUUAGGAUAUAGAUGACCUGCAGCUUUCUAAUUUAACUUCACAAUUAUACAAAUUCUGCUGUAAUUCUGCUGUAUCAUUUGGUAUGUAUUCUCAGCAGUUUACAUUACAGUAUUGCCCAGUCAUAAGCCUCUUUUUUGUUGUUCACUUUUAAAAUCUGUACUUGGCAUUGCACCUCCUGCUAUGAAAAAUCCUGGUUCCCCUCCUGGGAAUGGACACAAGAUUUUUUUUUUGUUUAAACUCAAGUCCAACUCUACAUUUAUGGAUGAGUCAGAACAACAAAAAACUUUUAAUCACCAUCAUCUAUGAUUUUUUUUGUUAAUAUUAUGCUAAUCUUCAAGUAGUUGUUCUAUACACAUGUUACUGUUCAUAAAUUUUACAUUUUGAAAUGCAUGUUGAUAUGCAAUAUCUGCUAUUUAGGGAAACACUUAGUUGGCUAAAAUAAAAUAGAAGUAAUUGACUCUGGUUGGCUAAUCAUGUUCUCCUAAUUAGUGUAUCUAUGCCGUAUACCUGUUUGCAGUACAGAUUGCCAUUAAUUAUUGUUGAAGUCUUUUUUACUAUCAAGGAAAAGAGUUUAUUCAGAGUUAUGUAAGCUGCAGUGUUUUAAGGAUACCUAGUAUCUGAGC